AUGGUUGUCAUAAAGAAGCUCACCAAGACCCCAAAGCCAAGCAAAGGGAGGAAGAAGAUCGAGAUCAAGAAGAUCACCAACAAGAGCAGCCAGCAAGUCACCUUCUCGAAACGCCGGUCGGGGCUCUUCAAGAAGGCGAGCGAGCUCUGUGUCCUCUGCGGUGCGCACAUCGCCAUCAUCGUCUUCUCUCCGGUCCACAAGAUCUUCUGCUUCGGGCACCCGAAUGUCGAUUUCAUCGUCGACCGCUACAUCCGUGGAACAAGCCUCGAUCCAGACCAGGAUGGAGGUGGUGAAGAAGGAGCCAUCGCUGACGACGACAUCGUGCCGGCUCUGCGUGCACUGAACGAGGACUACGACGAGGUUUUGCAAGAGCUGGCGAGAGAGAAGCAGCGAGGCGUGGAGCUGAAGGGAGCCGAGAGGGAUAGGAGGGCCGGCGGUAGUGGCGACGGGUUCUGGUGGGACAAGGCCUUGGACAACGACUUGGCAGUGGAGGAGCUGGAGCAGUACGUGAUUGCGGUCGAAGAGCUGAUGCAGAAGGUUGCCAUGAAGGCCGACGACAUGAUGAUGAGGUCUCUCCUCCAGCCGUACGGGGCCACGGUGGGUGCGGCGGUGAAUGCGGCCGAGGUCGGUGAUGCCGACAUGGCGGUAAACCAUUUGUUGCAUGAGAAUGAAGGGAAAUUCAACGAGUAUGGCCUAAUGGGAGGACCAAGUUUUUAUUGA